AUGACGGAGAAACCGUCAGCGGCGCCCAAGGCCACCUCCCUGCAGCACACGGUGGCAUCGCAGCUGGGCGGCGCCACGAGUACGAUUCUGCUAUAUCCGGUAGAUGUGAUACGGAUUCGUUUCACUUCGCAAGAUGGUACACACACGCGUGAACACAACGGACAAACGUAUCGCAGUAUCGCAAAGGCGUUCCAGCUCAUCUACCGCGAGGAGGGCGGCCUGCGUGCCCUUUUUCGGGGCUGCCACGUGUCCGUGUGUGGCACGGUUUGCGCAUGGGGCGUCUACAUGUACCUUUAUUGCUGUCAGUGUACCUGGUACGAAGCGUGGCGAGCGAGGCGCCGUGAGGCUCACUGCAGCGGAAGCGGUGUGUCGAGGUGCUCAGAGGAGGAGUCGCUCGCCGCAUGCCCGGCGGCGCUGUGGCAGAACCUCCUUCAGCGGUUUGGUUUUUCCAUAAUCGCCAGCUGCGCCUCAGCGGUGGUGUGCAAUCCCAUUUGGCUCCUCAAAACACGCAUGCAGCUGGAGGAGGCUUCCGCACGAACAGCAGACGCCCCCCGCAACUUUCGCACGUUCCGCGGCGGGCUGCUGCACACAGUGCAGACCACCGGGGUUCGCUCGCUGUGGCGCGGCGUGUCGGCUCAAAUGGUGCUUGCCGUUCCGAACGCCUUUAACCUUCCCUUGUACGACACCAUUAAGGCAGCCAUCAUAGAUCUCAGGAAGGGCGAGCUGUCGGUUCUCGACGUGUGCGUCUGCUCCACCGUGACAAAGACCGUCCUGGCACUCAUUUGUCAACCGGUGGUCGUCGUCAAGACCCGCUUGCAGGACCACCGCGCGCGCAGAGGGGAGAUUCAAUACCGGUCCUUUCUGCAGUCGAUCAAGACGAUGUGGCAGCGGGGCGGACUGGCCGCCUUCUACCGCGGGACCGUGCCGUCAAUGUGCCAGACAGUCCCUCGCUCUGCGCUCAUGUUUGCUUUCUACGAGCAGUUUCUGAAGGCGGCACAGCACAUCUCGCCGUGA